GGUAAAUAUCACUUUGUCCUACAACGCUCGUGACCCAACUCUUAACAUUGUCACCUGUUCGCUAAAUACGUUUUAAUACACGAUGAAAGAACGUGAUGAAAUUCAAGACGAUUACUUACGAAUUGUCAUUCCUGUCUGUGUGGUUAAUUUCUUUUCAUUCGCAGCGUAUGUUAAUGGUAUUUACACUGCUAAUGAAUAUGGUCAUAAAACAUUUCAGAAUCAACUGUUUCCGAACAGAUCCAAUGCAAACAGUAGUGAAGAAUCCCUUUGUGAAACCAACACAUCCUCACAAGCUUACAAAGACGAACAGGUUGUUCAACAAGUGGUGGCGAGAUGGGGAGUUUACAUCAACUUGGCACAAGGAGUACCACUUGUCUUCUCAAGCUUGUUGUUUUCGUCUCUGAGUGAUUCUAUGGGAAGGAAACCAUUUCUGUUCAUUGGAGCCAUUGGUUUGUUUACCAAGCAGCUUUUAAUGACUCUGGCUAUGGUAAUGGAAUGGAAUAUCUACUUGUUUGCUCCUUUUACUUUGAUUGAAGGGGCAAGCGGAAGUUGGAUUGCGGAAAUUGCGAUCGCUUUUGCCAUUGUUGCUGAUAUUACGAAUGCAGGAAACUCAAGAUCCUUUUUGAUAGCUGUGUUAAGCUUUGUGUUCGGGAUAGGAUUUUCCCUCGGGACUUUUGUUUCUGGAUAUAUUGUCACUGAAAUUGGUUAUGAGUUCUCAAUGGCUGUAUCGUGUGGCUGUGCUGGACUUGCAACUUUGAUAAUAUGCUUCAUUCCAGAGACGUUAUCUAAUACCAACAGAAAGAAGAAGAAUUUUAGCUGUAUUGGAAAUUUCAAAGACAUGAUUCAAUUUUACACAAAAAAUGAUCCAAGUUCUCCGAGUUCAACAAGAUUUAAAUAUACGGCAGCCAUGUUAGCCUUCCUAUUCAUAAUGUUGGCUAAACUCGGUGUAUUUGCAUUUGAAGUAUUCUACUUGCUUGAUUCUCCAUUUUGUUUCAGUCCGGUGAAAAUAAGCAUAUUCGAGACUAUUAAAUCCUGUCUAUCCGAACUUGUCAUUAUUCUGGGAAUAAAGUCAUUGCAGCCAUGUUUGAUGGACGAACUCAUAGCUCUGAUUGGCAUUAUUUCAUGCACGGCCAUGUUCGUACUGUUUGGAAUAGCAACAACAGAAAUAUAUCUAUAUAUAGCUAUUGUCGUUGGAUGUUUUGGGAUGUGUGCUGUUCCAAUCCUCCGAGCUAUAAUGUCUAAGAUGACGCCUCCUGACAAGCAAGGUGUCCUUUUUGGAAGUAUCGCUGUCGUGGAAAACAUUUGUAACCUGUCAAGUAGUAUCAUAGGGGGCGCCAUCUACUCGGAAACUGUGGUUUUCUACCGAGGAACAGCCUAUUUUGUUAUGACCGGGUUUAUGGUGUUUUCUGCUAUUCUGCUAUUGGCUCUGAUAAAGGAUUCCAGGAAGAACCAAUACAGAAAAGAUUAUGAAGUUAUACAAUAAAGAACACAACAAAUUCUUAGUUUAAGCAUUAUAAAUGAAUGUCGCAUUUGAUGAAGGGAACGUCUUGCGUAUGUCUGUCUGUUUAGACAAUGUCCGCUCAAUAUCUUGAGAAACCUUGGUGCGAAACAAACAUGGUGGAUUGCAUAUAUAACCUUAACUUGUUGUUAACCCCGUAUUGUUUUGAGGUCUUGCUGUGAACAUACAUUGCCUAAUAUCUUGUCAAAACUUUGCUUUACGGACAUCAAGCUUGAUAGACAGGUCACUCUAGAGCGUGUGUGACCCCGAUGGCCAUCGACAAGGUUAAACAGAAUAAUGUUUAUGGAUCGACAUCGCAACGAAGCGUUACUGACGUCAUCGUAAGACGUUGAUUCCGACGACAAUAACGUCGAUUUUGAAGAAGCAGCGAGAUGAUUAAAAUACUUUUUUUUCAUUUUUUUAACAUAAAAACGUUACAUGAUAAUCUGUAUAUUUGAACAUUUUACUUUACAUUUGCGAUUUACGACAGUAAUGCGCAAUACCCUGCGCAGAGGGCGCAACAUUUUAAACCCGCUACCGACCUUAAGCUCAUAUUUUAAGUUUAAUUUAGUCCGAGUUUCCUCUAUCAAUUUCCAAAAUUGUACCCAAUUUUUGAUCGAGUUUUACAAAAAACUGACUAAUAGGAGCUCCAAACCAUUGAUUGGCUAAAACUGUGUUUAUUGUCUGUUUUAUGUUAACAUUAACAUUAUAUAAGGUCAAUUAUAAAAAUUAUCGAUUUUAUGUAUUUUAAAGAUUUUUCCAAUCGCGUGCCAGCCAGUGAUAUAAACUUAUAGACGAGUAAAUACAACUAUAAAAUAUGCAAAAUGAUAUGAAAAAACAUAUAGAAACUUAACUUUUGCAAUUACCUUGCAACAGAAAAUUUUUAAGAGAAAAAUGAAAAAAAUAGUCUGAAUUUCCUCUGUUUCAAUAUUAAUCUACCUUUGUUGGAGCAUAUCUUUCUCAAAUAAACAAAUCAUGAAAAUCAAUAUCGAUAUUUGUUAAUAACGUUGUUAUUUUGGGUUUUUUAAACAACUUAAUUUGGACUUCAGAUAUUAAACUUUGUAAAAAUAUUUUUUGAAAUCUCAAACCCUGAGUAAACGUAAUCCUUAAUAAUAAUAAAAAAGUGUUGUCUUGUCAAAAGUAGUGUCAUAUUUAUUUAUCAUGAUAAUCAAAUACUUGCAACAUUGUUGUACUAUUUUUGUGUUACAUCAUCUUAAUCGAAGCGGCUUUCUACGUCAUCACAAAAAAAGAAAGUAUGGAGCAUUGUUUUGUCAAAAUUUGCAACAAAUGUAAAUAAAAGAACAAGACACGAUCUCGUUGCGAGCAACGAGGAGGUCUUCCGUCUGAUUUAAAAACUUGAGAUAGAUAUAUGACCUUGACUUUUCAAUAUUUGUAAUAUGCAUGUAUUUUUAUGUCCUUUUCUUCAAAACCCCUUGCACUAUUUUAUUAGGUAAAUAACAGCUUUAAGGUGGUGCAGGACACCUGCACAUUGUGAUGUAUACUUCCUAUUGAAAUCAACAAUAAAGUAUAAAUAUAAUAUUUUCCCCCAAAUAAUGUUACCCAACAUUGAA